UGAUAAUGGUACUGUUCUUCUUUUAGGUACAUGUAUCAUGUCUUGACUAAAAACACAACAGUGACAGACCACAACCGCAAUCUCCUGGUGGAGACCAUCCGUUCUAUAACAGAGAUCCUUAUUUGGGGGGACCAGAAUGACAGCUCGGUGUUUGACUUCUUCUUGGAGAAGAAUAUGUUUGUUUUCUUCUUGAACAUCUUGCGCCAGAAGUCCGGCCGUUACGUGUGUGUGCAGCUGCUGCAGACUCUGAACAUCCUUUUUGAGAACAUCAGUCAUGAAACAUCGCUGUACUACUUGCUAUCUAAUAACUAUGUGAAUUCUAUUAUUGUCCAUAAGUUUGACUUUUCUGAUGAGGAGAUCAUGGCAUAUUAUAUAUCAUUUUUGAAAACUCUUUCCCUGAAACUCAACAAUCAUACUGUGCAUUUCUUUUACAACGAGCACACGAAUGACUUCGCUUUGUACACAGAAGCCAUUAAAUUUUUUAACCACCCAGAAAGCAUGGUCAGGAUUGCUGUUAGGACUAUAACUUUAAAUGUCUACAAAGUGGACAACCAACCUAUGCUGCAUUACAUUAGAGAUAAAACUGCAGUCCCUUAUUUCUCCAACCUUGUCUGGUUUAUUGGAAGCCAUGUGAUUGAACUGGAUAACUGUGUGCAGACUGAUGAAGAGCACAGGAAUAGGGGCAAGCUGAGUGACCUGGUAGCAGAACAUCUUGAUCAUUUGCAUUACCUUAAUGAUAUACUUAUCAUUAAUUGUGAAUUUUUAAAUGAUGUGCUGACAGACCACCUACUUAAUAGGCUCUUUCUUCCCCUCUAUGUGUAUUCAUUAGUAAAUCAAGAUAAGGGUGGGGAGCGUCCAAAAAUAAGUCUCCAAGUUUCUCUCUAUCUUCUUUCUCAAGUUUUUCUUAUUAUACAUUAUGCCCCUUUGGUGAACUCAUUGGCUGAAGUUAUACUUAAUGGUGACCUGUCUGUGUUUUCUUCUAAAGCUGAGCAAGAUGUUCAGAGAAACUCAGCGAAGUCAAGUAUCAGAUGUUUCAUAAAACCAACAGAAACACUUGAGAGGUCUCUUGAAAUUAAUAAACAGAAGGGGAAGAAGAGAGUGCAGAAAAGACCCAACUAUAAGAAUGUUGGUGAAGAAGACGAGGAGGAGAGACAAUCUGAAGAUACCCAAGAUGACUUAGAUAAAACUAAAAGUACGGAAGCAAGUUCAAAGGGCAUCAGAACAAGCAGUGAAAAUGAAGAAAUAGAGAUGGUAAUCAUGGAGCGAUGCAAGCUCUCAGAAUUGUCCAUCUCUGCUGUGACAGAACAGAAUACAACGGAUGAAGAAAAGAGUGCUGCUGCCUCUGGAAGUGAGAUAACAAACUGGAACAGGCCUUUUCUUGAUAUGGUCUAUAAUGCACUGGACUGUGCUGAAGAUGAUUACUAUGCCCUCUUUGUGCUCUGUCUUCUAUAUGCAAUGUCACACAAUAAGGGCAUUGACCCAGUUAAGCUGGAGAGAAUUCAGCUUCCUGCCCAACAUGCUGAAGAGAGAAAUUCAUAUAAUCAUGUACUUGCAGAAGGGCUCAUCAGAAUAAUGAAUUAUGCUGCACAACCAGAUGGAAAAAUCCGUUUGGCAACUCUAGAACUUGGUUGUCUAUUGCUGAAGCAGCUUGUGUUUUCUAAAAAUGGCAGCAUAAUAAAAGAUGUUCAUCUUGCAUGCCUUGAGGGUGCAAGAGAAGAAGGCGUUCAUCUCCUCCGCCGUUUCUAUAAGGGAGAAGAAAUUUUUCUGGAUAUGUUUGAAGAUGAAUAUCGGAGUAUGACAAUUAAGCCCAUGAAUGUGGAGUACUUGAUGAUGGAUGCCUCCAUUCUGUUGCCUCCAACAGGAACACCACUGACUGGUAUUGAUUUUGUGAAAAGAUUGCCUUGUGGAGAUGUGGAAAGAACACGAAGAGUAAGUGAGGCCUUUGUCCUUUCAUUCAUGACAUGUUAGUGUCAAAGGCUUUAA